AGGAGCAGCAGCAGCGGGGCGCCUGGCCGCCAAGGGCAGGACAGCAGCAGGGGGGUGACAGGGAGCUGAAGCGCCCCGAGGAGCAGCUCGGAGGCGGCUGCGUGGAGCAGGAGGCCCCCGAGAUGGCCGCGUUUGAGGGGGAGGCCUUGACCGACGAGGAGGGCACGGACUCCGAAGCAGAGCAAGAGCUGCGCCUCUCGGGCCGUCCGGCCUGUGCUAAUAAACUAAUAGACUAUAUUAUCGGGGGAGCCUUCAGCGGGGAGGAGAGCGCGGAUGAUGAAGACUGGGAGGAUGAUGACGACGGGUUCGACAGCGAAGGGCUCCUCUCCGAUUCGGAUGCUGGUAGCCAACAUGAGGAACGAUUGCAUCUCUGGAAUUCCUUCUACAGCCUGGAUCCUUAUAACCCUCAGAACUUCACGGCUACCAUUCGGACAGCUUCCAGUGAGCCGGGAAGGGAUGUGCUCUGUGGGUCGGAUGUAGAAGAGGAGGAGGAGGAGGAAGAGGAGGAUUCAUGGGCAGAAGAAUCUUCAGGCUCUCCUGAUCCUAGUUGUGAAGACGAUGAUGAAUGGGAGUGUAGUAGUGUGGAUGAGGCAGAAAAUUUGAAACUUUGGAAUUCGUUCUGUACCUCAGAUGAUCCAUAUAAUCCUUUCAAUUUCAAAGCCUCCUUCCAAACGGCAGCAAAACCAGGGAAACCGGGUUUAAAAGGGGCAGAGAGGCCGAGCCUGGUCGCUUCUGAGUGCAGCCUCUUAACAGUGUGUACGGUGCAGCUGGAAACGCAGCCCUGCGGCAUCGCAGACCCUGGGCAGCAGGGCCUGCCUUCUGCUGCGAAAUGUGGACGUUCCAAGAGGAAAAAGGUAACCUUCCUUGAAAAAGUUACCGAGUAUUAUAUAAGCAGCGAGGAGGAUCGUAAAGGGCCCUGGGAAGAACUUGCACGAGACGGAUGCAGGUUCCAGAAACGUAUCCAAGAAACAGAAGAUGCCAUAGGAUACUGCUUAACCAUAGAGCAUAGACAAAAAGUAUUUAAUAGACUCCAAGAAACCUACAAAAGGCUCGACCUCGUCUAGCACCU